UAUUACUAACACUGUCUCAUCAGUUACCUAACACACAUUUCUAGCCGUUGUGGUCGCAGAUUAUUUCUUAACAUCUCUCAAAAACCGCCUUAACAUGGCUUUCCGUUCGUUAAUGGCAAUCCAGCGCCGCUCAAUGAGCCAGAAUAUUACACCAUUGAAGAAAAUGAUGUACAACUUGGCCGGUUUCAACAAAUUGGGGCUCAUGCGCGACGAUUGCCUCUACGAGGACGAAGACGUGAAGAAGGCCCUCCUGCGCGUUCCAAAGCAUAUUAUUGACGAGCGCAACUAUCGUAUCCUGCGCGCCGUUCAGCUUGACAUCCAAAAAGACAUUUUGCCCAAGGAGCAAUGGACCAAACUUGAAGAUGAUGUUCUGUACCUAACCCCUCAUGUGGAUCAGGUAAUCAAGGAACGUGAAGAACAGGAAGAUUGGAACAAAAAAUACUAAACAAAGUAAUCUUAGCCAACUAGCAAAAGAAAUUACACUCUGUAGUGUCCAUUAUGUAAAUCUAACUUAAACCUAUGAAAUAAAAUGUGAUUUAAUUAUG